AACAGCUAUGUUGACACGAAUUCCACGGCCAGUAUUCUCCAAGUGUUCAAGCGUUUUCGUACGCGAAUUACAUUUAAAAAUGCCGCAAAAAGUUUACGUUGUUGGAGUUGGGAUGACGAAGUUCACAAAGCCGAGCCCAGACCGUGAUUAUCCAGAGAUGGGAAAAGAGGCCGUAGAAGCGGCACUGACUGACGCCGGUAUAAAUUAUGAUAAAAUACAGCAGGCGGUUUGUGGAUAUGCGAAAGGAGAUUCUACAAGCGGACAGCGAGUGUUAUACCAAGUCGGAAUGACAGGCAUACCCAUCUACAACGUCAACAACAACUGCUCUACCGGCUCUACAGCCCUGUUCCUUGCUAAACAGCUUAUAGAAGGAGGCGAUGAUAUUAUUCUAGCUCUUGGUUUCGAGAAAAUGGCGCCUGGAGCUCUAGGCGCUAGCGCCUAUGAAGAUCGCACGUCACCUCUUGACAAACACAAUGCUAAGAUGGCCGAUCUAGCAGGCGUGACUAAGGCACCAAGAACAGCGCAAUUCUUCGGAAAUGCUGGACUAGAGUACAUGAAAAAAUACGGAGCAACUGAAGAGCAUAUUGCGAAAAUAGCUGCAAAGAAUCAUAGACAUGGAGCGAAGAAUCCACGCGCGCAGAUCGCUAGAGAAUAUACUGUAGAAGAAGUCUUAAAUUCAAGAAAGAUAUUCGGUCCUUUGACGAAACUGUCCUGUUGUCCUACCAGCGACGGCGCUGGAGCGGCCGUCUUAAUGUCUGAAAAAGCUGUUAUCCAAAACGGACUGCAGAAGAAAGCUGUAGAGAUUCUUGGCAUGGAAAUGGCUACAGAUACUAAUGAAGCCUUCUCUGGGAAAAGUUUCUUGAGCCUCGUGGGCUAUGACAUGACCACUUUAGCUGCUAAGCGUCUGUAUCAAAAGUCAGGGAUAUCUCCUAAAGACGUGAAUGUGGUCGAGCUUCACGACUGCUUCGCUACGAACGAGAUGAUCACGUACGAAGGGCUGCAGCUGUGUGAAGUGGGGAAAGCUGGGAAGUUCGUGGAUGACGGGGACAACACGUACGGAGGGCGUGUUGUGGUGAAUCCGAGCGGUGGACUGAUCGCGAAGGGACAUCCUCUCGGGGCCACGGGACUGGCGCAGUGCGCGGAGCUGGUCUGGCAGCUACGGGGAGAAGCUGGGGAUAGACAGGUCCCCAACGCUCGCAUAGCCCUGCAACACAACCUGGGUCUAGGUGGCGCUGUCGUCGUCACCCUGUACAGGAAGGGCUUCCAGAACGUCAGCUCCAAGCUUUAACUUAGGCUGCAUUCAGUG